AUUCAGUUUGGGGACCUUUGCCUGCACGUUGCUGCAGUGUUGGACAUUUCCAAACCAAUCAUUACCGAGUCCUGACGCAAAAAAAAGGGUCGACGGGUGCUUGAAACUGCAAAACUACCGGGGUGGUCAAAGUCGCUAGCGGACGUUUUUUUUGUCACCGUUUCUCUGCUUCUCCUCAACAUGGGCGGGGACACCACUGAAAGCCUUGUUCCAAGCAGCAAGACUCCACAAUGGGUCAUUGGAGUGUGUGCAAUGGACACAAAGGCACGAUCAAAGCCCAUGAGAAACAUUCUCAAUCGAUUGCUUUCGAGUGGUGAUUUUGAAGCAGUGGUAUUUGGUGACAAGGUCAUUUUGGAUGAAGAUGUUGAAAAUUGGCCAAGCUGCGAUUUCUUCAUUUCCUUCUUCUCCAAUGGAUUUCCGCUACAAAAGGCUAUUGACUAUGUGCAGCUCCGUCGACCCUUUUGCGUCAAUGACGUUCCCAUGCAACAGGUCCUGUGGGACAGACGCUUGGUCUUGCAGAUCCUGGAUGCUGUUAAUGUACCUACGCCGCGCAGAUUGAUCACCCAUUGUGGUGAUGAUCCCGUUGUUCCUCAGAAUACUCUGGAUCGGCUCAAUAAGCUUGGAAUACAAAUUCCGACUGGUCCGCAGCCAGUGGUUCAUGCGGAAAUGGUUGAUGAGGAUACGAUAAGGGUUGGAGACCAGCUUAUUAAAAAGCCUUUUGUGGAGAAACCAGUGUCUGGAGAAGAUCAUAAUAUCUUCAUUUACUACUCUCGAGCAAUGGGCGGGGGAGUUCGUAAACUCUUUAGAAAGGUGGGGAAUAAGUCAAGCGAAUUUUGCCCGGAACUUGUUGAGAUCAGAACCGAUGCCUCCUAUAUUUAUGAAGAGUUUAUGAAUGUCGACAACGCUGAAGACGUCAAAGUUUAUACUGUCGGUGACAGGUACAAUCAUGCGGAAACGCGAAAAUCCCCGGUAGUCGAUGGCAUCGUUCGCCGUAACGCCGAAGGCAAGGAAAUCCGUUACGUGACACCGUUGAACCCAGAGGAAGUGGAGAUGGCGAAGCGCGUCACACUGGCCUUUGGUCAGACCGUAUGUGGCUUCGAUCUGCUGAGAACUAACGGAAAAUCCUACGUGAUCGACGUGAACGGGUGGUCCUUUGUAAAAGGCAACGAUGAUUAUUACGAUAAGUGCACAACCGUGCUUCGUCAACUGUUCUUGGAACAUGCCGCCACAGUUCAGCCUGGCAAACUGCACAAGGAGCCUAGCAUUGAGAACCAAUGGAAGUUGAAAGCGUUCCUGUCCGUAUUACGGCAUGCCGACCGAACUCCGAAGCAGAAGAUGAAGUUUAUCUUCCGCAGCCCACCUUUUAUGGACUUGCUAGACAAAGGCGAAGGCGAGAUGGUCUUCAAGAAGCCUGAGCAGCUUCAACGUGUUUCCGAUGCGUGUCGUCAAGCACUAGAGGAAGGAUUAGAGGACAAGAGUAUUCUAGAACAGCUCCGUGAAGUGAUGACAGCUAAGGCACAUCUGUCAGGAACAAAAGCUCAGAUAAAGCCUUUAUUCAACAAGGCAAGCAGGAUGGUUGACAAAGUCCAGCUCAUCGUCAAGUGGGGCGGCGAGUUUACCCAUGGCGGACGACAUCAGACCAAGGAUCUGGCAGAGAAUUUGCGGAAAGAUCUCAAGAUUAUCAACCGCGAUCUUCUGGAAGAUGUCAAAAUAUACAGUAGCUCCGAACAGCGCGUUACAGCCACAGCCGACAUCUUUAUUCGAUCCUUCCUCCACCUUGCUGAAGCACCGCAGAACUCUAUCGUUGUAAGCAAAGAGAUGCUGGAUGAUUCCAAUGCUGUGAAGGAGCAAACGGAGGCCGUCAAAGUCAGGCUCCAGGAGAUCUUGAACCCGAAUCAUUCUGCAACUUUGCCUUUGAACGACCUUCCGCCGGACGUAAAUCCACCCACAUAUGUUCAGGAUAUGAUUGAUAUCCUGAAAACAUUACGGGUCACAAUGAGGGAGAACUAUGAAAGACUGGAAGUGGAAUCUAUCCAGCGACGAUGGUGUUGUGCAGAGACGCCCUGGCUAUUCAAGGAACGUUGGGAGAAACUCAUGAAAGACUUUUGCGACGUGGAGCGAAGCUCUUUUGAGCCUUCAAAAGUUUCGGAACUUUACGAUUCGCUAAAGUAUGACCUGAUACAUAACCGUGAUUUUUGUGAAGCCAUCUUUGCGUCAGAAGUUCACGGCCGUGAUUUACUUAAGCAGCUGUAUUACAAGUCCAAAGUGAUGUUUGACUUUGUUGCCCCGCGAGAGUACGGCAUUGAGGAUAAUGAAAAGCUUGAAAUUGGCGUUCUCAGUUCCGUUGUCCUACUAAGACAGCUUGUGGCGGACCUCCAAGCGGCGCGCUCUUCACCAAAGCCGAGCACCAGAUUUUACUUUACAAAGGAGAGCAAGAUUAUUUCUCUUUUAAACAUUGUCCUGCUGUGUGGUUUGCCUACCCGAGUUGAGAAAGUUGAUGAGCUUGACUACUUGACUCAGAUUACCUUUGAACUGUAUGAGCGUCAUCGCGGUCUGGGGGCGGAUGACCCCGAUACGAGCGAGUUCUCACUUCGUAUUGGGUUCAGCCAAGGUGCCCAUAGUCCGAACCUUAUUGAUUUGCAUCUGGAUAGUCGACACUCUCUAUCUGUUGCACCCAGGAUAUGGAUAAGCGAUCAUGUUUCUCUGGAUGAAGCCCUUGGCUUCCUCACACCGCGUAUCAGUGGAAGUAAUAGCCCGAAAGAAGGACGACGCUAAACCUUGUCCCUUCCGCAUAUUAUUUAUUUAUUACACAUGGUGGGCAGCUUGUGAAUUGCAUGCACAGGACUGUCCCUACAUAAUACAUACACAUCUUUGGGCAUGCUA